UGUCGCCAUUUUUAUUGGUGUAGUGCCUCCUUUAUCCACCUCAGAUUUGCACGUAACUGCGCUUGCAAACAAGAGUCUUUGUAAACCACCAGUUUAGAAUUUUGCUGUGAUCUUUAAUUGCUUCUUUUUUCAACGUAUAAUAGUGAUGUCGAUUCUCCGUUCCUUCUUAAUUACAGAGAAACGCUCUUGAAAAAUGACGCCGCCGCCCUUUAUUUUUUCAUACAUGCCUUAUUUGAAAUUUCGUAAAUUUAUUUUUAAACAUAAAAUUACCGUGAGCCGUAAGUGAGGUACCGGGUGAGAUCUGGAGAAGCAAGAAGAGGAGAUCCAAAUAAAAAUUGCCAUUAAAGUUUAAGGAAGAACAAUCAUCUAAAGUUCAAAAAGAGAGCAUGGCAGUUGAAAACUCUGCUUUUGCCUCAAUCCCAGAAGCACUAACCACCCCUCUUUUUGAAAAAGAGGCAGGAAUUGAAGAGAAAGAAGAUGAGCCAGAGACCAUGCCAAGUUUCACCACAGAAUCAGUUUGUCUGAGUGGCAGUUUGGAGGGAGUAUUUACCACUGAUACCACUGACAUGGUCCAGAAAUCCUGCAACAACAACCGUUCUCUUCAGUCCAAACUUGCAGCAAAAGAGGCAGAGGCUGCAGCCAGAAGUCAAAGAAAGAAGGCGGGUCAAGGGACAAGCUCAGGGUGGGACAAAGGGCGCUGUGGUUUGGGCCGUGUGAAGAGACGGCGACAGAGAUACGUAGAGAAGAAUGGUCGCUGCAAUGUUCAGCAUGGCAAUGUGCGAGAGACAUACCGCUACUUGACUGAUAUUUUCACAACUUUGGUCGAUCUCAAUUGGCGAUGCUCUCUUUUUGUCUUCGUCAUGGCCUAUGCAGUCACGUGGCUUUUCUUUGGGGCUAUCUGGUGGCUAAUUGCUUACUGCAGAGGAGAUUUGGAGCACCUGGAAGAUGAAACCUGGACUCCUUGUGUUAACAAUGUAAAUGGAUUUGUAUCUGCUUUCCUCUUCUCCAUUGAGACAGAAACUACAAUAGGCUACGGGCACAGAGUUAUCACUGAUCAGUGUCCAGAGGGGACAGUGUUACUUCUACUGCAGGCCAUUCUGGGCUCAAUGGUCAAUGCAUUCAUGGUUGGCUGCAUGUUUGUAAAGAUCUCACAGCCAAACAAGAGGGCAGAGACUCUGGUCUUCUCACGGAAUGCAGUUAUUUCUUUACGGGAUGAUAAGCUUUGCUUGAUGUUCCGGGUUGGAGAUCUGCGCAGCUCACACAUCGUUGGAGCCAACAUCCGGGCCAAACUUAUUAAGUCCAAGCAGACUCAGGAAGGAGAGUUUAUUCCUCUUGAUCAGACUGAUAUCAGUGUUGGGUUUGAGACUGGCGAUGACAGGCUGUUUCUUGUUUCUCCGUUGGUGAUAUCACACGAGAUAGACCCAAGGUCACCUUUCUGGGAUGUCUCCCAGGCUCAGCUGGAGAAAGAUGACUUUGAGAUUGUAGUCAUCCUGGAAGGAAUGGUUGAGGCAACAGGAAUGACCUGUCAGGCCCGGAGCUCUUAUCUAGCAGAAGAAGUGUUGUGGGGCCACCGUUUCACACCAAUGAUGUCACUAGCAGAUGGAUUCUUUGAUGUUGACUACAGUGCUUUCCACCAAACCUUUGAGGUGGACACUCCAUCUUGUUCAGCCCGGGAGUUGUCACUUGCUGCUGCUCGUUUGGAAGCCCACCUGUACUGGUCUAUUUCUAGCCAGCUGGAUGAACCAAGGUGGGAUAGGCCAGGAAUAGGGCUGAACCAAAUUGGGUUUUCUGGGACUAACAGCUCAGCAAAUGGAAAAAAGGGGACUGGACUAACAGGAUUGUCAGGAUUACCGGGGACCAAAACUCAGGUGAGGAAGGAAGAAUUUGGACAGGAUGAAAGAAAUGGUAGUUUGACCACGGAACCCUCAGAAAGUGAAACAUAGGGAGUGGAAAAGAAAAGUUAAAAGUUUGAGAGAUGAUCUGUUGGUAAGAAACUUAUUGUCAGCUAAGAAGAGGCAAAGAAAUUAAAGGAAAUGAGAAUGUGAAUUUGUGAAAAAAUAAGGAUGAAUUAACUUUAUGUAUGUCAAAGCGCAUUCAUAUUUUUUUAACUGUUAAAGCAUUUUUUGUAGAUAGAUAGGAUUCACAGAGAGGAGUAUCGGCAUUAUUUAAUGUACAUACACACUGUAUUUAGAAGGUGGCUUGAAAAAGAUAGAUAGAUAGAUAGAUAGAUAGAUAGAUAGAUAGAUAGAUAGAUAGAUAGAUAGAUAGAUAGAUAGAUAGAUAGAUAUGAAUGUUGAAUUUAGUAUGCAUUUAAAUAUGCAGCAAAAGAGGAAGAAUGUCUGACUCCUUAAGGCACUAUAUGUACUUUCUAUAGGGUAUUGCCAUUUAGUCUAGCUCUGACUGAUACUUUCAUUGCUCUUUAGUCUGCUUUGUAACUAAGUGUGGCUUAUGAUCAUUGUAAAAUGCACUCUUGAGGCUGUGGCAGCAGAACAUAUCUCCUUGUCAUUUUUCCUCUGAAGAAUGUAAUACUGCAUUUUGUCAAAAGUGGUUGCCCACAUAGAGCUGCAAGCCAAUUCAUUAAGCAGAUACAGGGAAAUUCCUUUCAUGUCUUGUGGCCUUAAUACUGUAGUUCAAGGAAGGAUUACUCCCUUGAAAUGAACACCAGUCCCCUGCUGUUUUUUCCUUCUCCAAUCUCCCUAUUUGACAAUCUAGAUGUGUGAACAGGAAACACAGGAAUCUCUCAACACAUAGAAAUUUACUUCUACAAGCAAAAAUAAAUUAUUUUGAGAAAGUAAAUUCAGUGUUGAUAAAUUUUGGUUGUUAGACUCUGUGUGUCUGACCACAUUUUAAGUGACAGACUGCUCCCUGAAAUUGGCAGAAAUUAAAAACAAAGUUCUUGCAUUAAUGUACUUGUAUAGUUUGUUGUUUCUGGUUGUAUUUAUAUAAAACAGAGGUACCACUUCUCAGCAGUUACAGAGAGACUAUGCAUCUGUACUCAUUUGAACCAAGACACCAAACUCAAUUGAAUCAAAUCUCUGAAAGAAUGAUCUAUCAUAUGUCAGAGAACAAUCCUUUCUUUUUUUUGGUUUGCCUUCAAAAAACUAAAAGCACAUUUUGAAAUUUAUACAUAUUUUUUCACACCAAAUUGCUGAUUGUAGAACUUCCCAUACUGAAUGUAAGCCAUACUGUGACAACAUAUGUGGAUUCUAAAAUCCAUUCCUUGGUCAAUACAGUAGGAGUAAGUGUUACUAUGACUGGGUACUGGUGGGUAUACUAAAACCCAUGCUGCUCUGAUAGGAAGAAUGAUCAGCCCUCACCAAAAUAAUGGCAAUCAUAAACUAAAAGAUCAUGUUGUCCUCAGUAUGGGUUUGAUGAUGUGCUCCAAUUUAGGACUAAAUGGAUGAGUCAGGAUGCUUACCUGUCCAAUAAAGAUCUAUCUAUCUUU